AGUCAUGCCAUCAGCUAACGCCCACUCUUCACUAAUGGUGGUAGUAGGUGCAAACAAAUUCAUCAUCCCUCUCUCUCUCUAUGGAAAAAGUAGCGAUCUUUUCCUUUUCCGACUCCCAGUUAUCGCCACCUACCACAGCUCACUCUGCCAAAAGGGGAGCUCCUCCAAAGCAUUCAUUCCCCCAUAUAAAAAAUCUUUUCUUCCAUUUUCUCUCCCAAUUCAAGCAAGUUACCUUGCAUAUCUCACCGCUGUCAGUUCCCUUCUCUAUGGUCCCUCUUCCCCAAUUGUAGUUCUCGUUGGGGGUAGUCUCUGUUAUUGCCGUCACUAACUUGGUUAGUUGAGUGUGCUGGGGUUGCCUUCCUGUCAGCUUUCCAUAUUCUCCUUGUUCAGCCUAUCAAAGACCAAACUUGAAAUGGCGAAGGAAGCUGUUUCGCAGGAUGAAGAGGUUGUUCUUGGGGAAGAGAUCAACUGUGUGCGGCUGAUCACCUUGAACCGGCCUCGUCAAUUGAAUGUGAUCUCGUCAAAAGUGGUUUCUAUCCUUGCGGAAUACUUGGAGAAGUGGGAGAAAGAUGACAAGGCCAAACUUGUUUUGAUCAAGGGAGCAGGUCGAGCUUUUUCUGCUGGCGGAGAUCUGAAAAUGUUCUAUGAUGGCAGAAAAACAAAGGAUUCAUGCCUUGAAGUCGUCUAUAGGAUGUAUUGGCUUUGCUAUCACAUCCAUACCUAUAAGAAAACCCAUGUCUCUCUUGUCCAUGGAAUUUCGAUGGGUGGAGGAGCAUCGUUUAUGGUCCCGAUGAAGUUCUCAGUUGUCACGGAGAAAACCGUUUUUUCCACUCCAGAAGCAAGUAUUGGCUUCCACACAGAUUGUGGUUUUUCAUACAUGCAUUCCCAUCUCCCUGGACGAUUGGGGGAGUUCUUGGCAUUAACGGGGGGAAGACUUAAUGGUAAGGAAUUGGUGGCAACUGGCCUUGCAACUCAUUUUGUCCCUUCUGAGAAAUUUCCCGAGCUGGAGAAGCGCCUUGUAAGCUUGAAUUCUGGUGAUGAGGCUGCUGUAAAGUCGGCAAUUCAGGAAUUCUCUGUGGAGGUUAAGCUUGAUGAAGAAAGCAUUUUGAACAAAAAGUUGGUGAUCGAUGAGUGCUUCUCCAAGGAUACUGUGGAAGAAAUUAUAAAAUCAUUCGAAGCAGAGGCAAGCAAAGAAGGAAAUGGAUGGAUUGGACCGGUUUUGAAAGGGUUGAAGAGAUCAUCCCCAACAGGACUGAAAGUCACACUCAGAUCGAUCCGUGAAGGCCGCAAUCAGACACUUGCAGAAUGUCUGAAGAAGGAAUUCAGGCUGACGAUGAACAUUCUGAGAACAGAAAUAUCUGAGGAUGUCUACGAGGGCAUCCGAGCACUAACCAUUGACAAGGACAAUGCCCCCAAGUGGGAACCAUCAACUCUCAACAAAGUGGAGGACGAGAAGUUGGAUUUGGUGUUUAAGCCAUUCCCGGAGAAUCUCGAGCUCCAAAUUCCAGGAAAGGAAGAGUGCAGGUGGUCAGGAAAGUACGAGAACACACCUUAUCCAUCCUUAAAUCUCCAUGAAUGGAGCAAACUGAAGCUUUGAACAAGUACUCUUCCAAAGACACGAGCAAAGUAUUCUUGUUAUGGGUUGUAGUCUCCGAGUUUCGCCUCUGUAAUGAGAAGAUAUACUGUAUUUGUGUCAAACAGAUAUAUAAAAAUAAAGUUGCCUUUUCUUCA